AUGGCCUUACGGAUAGAACUUCUGUUUGAGGAAACCUUGGAGCUCCUGGAACGAACUGGCGGGGAGGAUGCCUUCAUCAACAUCAAGUGGCCUAGCCAUGGAGCCAGCGUUGAAAACUUCCAACCCCUGACUGGCCCCGACAAAGUCCUUGCCUGGUGCCGUGUCAGUCUCGCGCAUCCAACCGCGAUCGGACGUCAGCGCGAAUCGCCGCGCUUCGAAGAAGCGCCGCAGACGUCAGACACGUCUCGAGGUUUCACUCGAAAUGGGAGUGAUUUGUUGCCGUGGCGCAUCGCUUCCCAGUACCAGGGCUUGCCAGCACUGGAUUAUAGGAAGGGAGCUAAAGUGCAGCUAAAGAACAAACAUCCAGCUGCAAGUGCUUCAGGUGCUUGCACCGAAACGAUGGACAGAGGCGGCCAGUCCCGAGAGCAGCAGGAGGCCAUGGCCAUGGCGCAGUUCCAGCAGCUCUUGGAAUCGCAGAAGAUGGUGGCAAAGCUGGGGGCCCAGCGGUGCAUGGGCGCCCUGGGCUCACGGGGAAGUGCUUCAGCCUCUGUGUGUCCAAUGCGGGAACCUCGCUGGCCACGUCACAACAGGUGUGCCUCUGGCGCUGCGCCCAGCGAUACAUGGAGACUCAGCACUUCGUGCAGAAGUACAGCGAGGACAAGGUCAAGUCCGGGACCUGGGACCUGA